AUGGCUACCUUUUCGCAGCUGCCACGUGAAAUUCAGCAAGCCAUACUCGAUCAUCUGGUCGUUGACAAAGGAUACUUGACGCAAACCGAUCGUAAGAAUCUACUUGCUCCCAUGAGGGUCAAUUCUUUCUGGUUCAAUCAUACCUCCGACAUCCUGUGGAACAAUCUGUCCAACCUCGAAAGCACUUUCGCACAAAUGGGCUUCGACGACGACAGACGCCAGUUGUACGUCAACAAGAUCCGCAUACUAAACCUCCAUACUGCAAGAAUCUACUUCGACUUGAUCGAGCAUCUGAAGUUCCAGAGCUUGACGUGCCUCAAACUCAGAGGCGACCACAUGGGCAUUCUGCCAUUCUUGCAACCCAAUCUGAAGACUUUACAUUUCCACAGCAGCUUCGCCCUGACUCGCCACGAACUAAGACAGUUAGCUGUGUCCUGUCCCAAUCUACGCGAGCUGCAGAUUCUACCUCUUGCUGCCUCCAAUAGCAGGACACUUAUUGUCAAGCCUAAUUCUGAUCCCAUUGAUCCAGGAACCUUUUCUGCAUUCUUUGGAAGCUGUAAGAAUCUCAAAUCACUCACUCUUGGGAAAAAGCUACCCAGUUUCUUGAUACCAGCUGCUUUGACUGGGUUGCAUCCUCUCUCAGCUGCACAACUGGAGGAGAUAGUUCUUUCGAACAUUGAACCAGAAGCUUUGUCACAAGAGUCCUGCAAAAUCCUGGAGAGCUGCACUUCGUUGCGUAAAUUCGAAAUUCGAGAUAACUAUACUGGCAGUCCUGUUCCUGUGGCCAUGGUGCUGAAACACCUCACCACUAUGGCCAGUCUUCAGCAUCUACGUCUAGAUCAUGAUUUGGUUGGGGACGUGGUUGAAAACUGUAUCAGAGGCCAUAGCGCGCCCUUCAGAAAUCUGCAAUCUCUGGCAGUAAAGGGUGAUAUGUUGUCAAUCUCGAGUUUCCUUUCACUUUCGAUGCAAUCACUGACUCGACUCCAACUUGUUGUCGAAGAUCAUGCUCACCACAUAUGUCCAAGUCUCGCCCGCCUACAGAAUCUCACCUACCUCAAUCUGGUCAUUGGUAUCAAACACCAUGACUCCUUCACUGAUGGUGCGAGAUUCAAGCCACAACCUCACGAUUGGCAAGCCAUCUCAGAAGACAUGCAGGCCUUGUCAACUCUGAGCAAGUUGAGAUCAAUCAGCAUACGUCCCAUGAAUAUAAACCUCACAGCUCCAUGGAUGACAGAUGGCUACUUCAGCACCUGGACCAACAGAUUUCCCAAUCUGCGAGAUCUUGAAUUGGACAUCGAGUGCUUCAGCGAAUCUUAUAUUCGCGAUUUCAUCAUCCGAAAAUUCAUCAAGAACCCGAGCACCGUGGGCAUGAAACCUCUACAGUUGGAGGCUGGCGAAGAAGAUCCAUGGCGAAGGUCUGAUUUAGGUCCAGAUCAACCGAGAGUCACCCAAGUUCAUGCACAAGCGGCUGAUUUAUAA